AUGAAAGAACCACUGAGAGACAUGAGAAAAUCAGCAAAACCAGCUGAAGAAAAAGAGACCAAAGGGCCUUUGGUCUCUUUUUCUUCAGCUGGUUUUGCUGAUUUUCUCAUGGUCUCUCAGUGGUUCUUUCAUCUGCUUGACGCUGGCUAUUGGUCUGCUGCUAUGGUUUCUCUGUUGCUGCUUCCUUCGGCAGUCAGCUGGGGAUUUGUUCUCAGCGGGCUCUCAGUUGCUGUGUUGGUUCUGGGCUUAUGUUCAUUCCUCAUGGUUUUCAUCAUCUCGCAGUUGCUGUCUCUUGGGUUUCCAGCUUUCCCCCAGCUGAAUUUUCUGGAUCUUCAGCUGGAUUCUCAGCUGGCUUUUGCUGGCAU